AUGGAUAUCCACCGCUGCCGUUUCGUUUCCUACAACCCACAGGCGAUCAAUGCGCUUGCAUUUUCACACCCGCCAUCAGCAGAUCUAGCUGGACGUGGCGUACCCACCCUUCGACUAGCGAUCGGUCGUGCGAACGGCGAUAUCGAAAUAUGGAACCCGAUGCGCGGCGCCUGGUUCCAGGAGACCGUGAUGCGUGGAGGCAAGGACCGCAGCAUUGAAGGACUUGCAUGGACACUCGACCCGCAAGAGGACGGGCCCGAUGGCACCAAGUUGCCUGGAAAGCUGCGUCUGUUCAGCAUUGGAUACUCCACUGCCGUCACUGAAUGGGACCUCGAGAAUGGCCGCCCGCUCCGCCACUCCAGUGGAAACUACGGGGAGAUCUGGUGCCUUGCCGCGCAGCCGCGCUGGCAGGCUACCAAGGGCAAGGAUGGAAAGUUGGCUGCUGCCGCCGAGGGCGAGUUUACGGGCCAGCACCUUGCAGCGGGCUGUGCUGAUGGGUCAAUUGUCAUCCUGUCCACUGCCGAUAAUGAGCUCAAGUUCCUGCGUCUCAUGCGUCCUUCGACGAAACGAGCCCGUGUCCUGAGCGUUACCUUCCAGAACCGCCAUACCAUUGUUGCGGGCUACGCUGAUAGUUCUAUUCGUCUCUUUGAUAUUCGCACGGGUCAGAUGCUGCGCACAAUUUCCCUGGGAAAGGGCCCUACUGGUGGUCCGAAGGAGCUGUUGGUCUGGUCGGUGAAAUGCUUGCCGGAUGGCACGAUAGUCUCCGGUGACUCGGCUGGUGAGAUUCGAUUCUGGGAUGCGAAGAACUACUCUCUCGUUCAACGGAUACAAGGCCAUCUCGCCGAUACACUUGAUGUCGCAGUGAGUGCCAAUGGAGACACUGUUAUCAGUGGAGGUGCCGAUCAGAGGACUGUCGUAUACCGCAGAAAGGAGGGCGAGAAGGGCGACAAGAAGAGUCGCUGGGCUGAGAUUAUGCACCGUCGUUACCACACCCAUGAUGUCAAGACAUUCGCUGUCUAUGAGACAAAGGACAUCAGUAUCGCUGUCUCCGGAGGUCCUGAUGCAACUCCGGUCGUUCUCCCUCUUCGUGAAUUUGGAAAGGAACACCACCGAAAGCUUUCCAGCCUUCCGCAAAUCCCUCAACUUACGUCCUCGCCGGCAUCUCGUUUGGUCAUGAGUUUCUGGGACAGAGAAGUGAGCCUGUGGCGGGUAUCACGGGGCCCUGCGUCUCUGAAUGAGAACAUUGAUGGCCAGCGGCACAGACUCGUCGGUAAGGUCCUGAUCAAGGGCGAGGAAAACAUUUCGUCAGCGAUGCUGUCAGCGGAUGGCAAGAUCCUUGCUGUUGCAACCAUUGCUGAAGUCAAGCUAUUCUCCCUCCGUCGCCAAAAGGGCGAUGAGAAGGGUGUCCUCGCCAUCCAGAAGAUUGAUGUGCCCAAGACGCUUUCUGGAGAAGGUGCCCGCCUUGUGACUGUUUCCCCCGAUGGCAGAUGGCUGUCAAUUGUGCGCCCCAACAGCGACAUCUACAUGGCACGCAUUCAGCCCGCCUCUCUAUCUACCAAGAAACCUCAGGUUCUGCCACAGUUUGCAAAGCUCAAGAGAGCCGCGCGGCAUGUACGACACGAAAAGGCAUCCCACGGAACAUUGGGCGACUAUGAAAGGACGAUACGAUCUGUGGUGUUCUCCGAUGACAGCAAAGUUCUGGCGAGUGGUGAUAUCUCUGGUUGUGUCGAUACCUGGAUGCUAGACACAGCGACCGCUGCUACGAACGGUGUAGCCAGUCGUGAGUCUGACGAUGAAUCAUCCGAUGAUGAGGAUGAAGACGUUGUGAUUGAGGGCGAGCGCUGGACUAUCGCUGCCGCAGAAUCACCAAUUCCCCGCAUGAAGGCUGGCAUCACUUUGCUGUCCUUCCGCCCCAAAACCGCCCCAACACAGAAACUUCUAGCCAAUGGCACUAAUCAGUCAAGCGAAAACCGACUGAUGGUUCUCACAAGCGAGCACCAGCUCAUUGAGUUUGACGCCCGGGAUGGCAAAUUGUCCGAGUGGUCAAGACGUAACCCCAAGGCAUAUCUUCCUGCAGAAUUCCGAGGUGUGAAAGACCGCGCUAUGGGUUGCAUGUGGGAUCUCUUCGAGGGUCGCGAGCGACUUUGGCUCUACGGAGCCUCUUGGUUGUGGAUGUUCGAUCUGCUCCAAGACUUCCCCUCCCCGGAAGAGGCAGGCGCUGAAGAGGGCAAGACCGCGGGUCAGCUUGCCAAGGCAUCGAAGCGCAAGCGCGAGGCACUCGAUGACGACGAAGAAGAGCGCAGAAAGCACAACACCGGUGCCGGCGAUCGAAUUCCACAGUCACAGAUGGACAUCCACUUUGGUACCAAGGUCCGCAAGAUUGUCGGAAGCGACGAAUCGCAGGGAGAGUGGAUCACGCUGGAUAAGGAACGCCCCCGUGUCGCGGGUGAGGAUGAUGAGGCCUACGAGUACGACGAGUCUUUCGCUGCCACUAAUGAGACAACCCUCGCCCGUCUACGACGCGGAGAUGGAGCGAAGACUCAAACACCACAGAAGGAAUCACGGAAGCCUCAAUUGCCUUCUGGUGCCAACGGCGACACAAACCAACUGGUGGAAGCCAACGGUUCCUCGGCUCAGCCUGCACGUCGCUGGUGGCACACUUAUAAAUACCGUGAUAUCCUCGGUAUCGUACCUCUCAACACCCUCGAUGACGAUUCCGACGACCAGAACCCAAGUGGGAAUCUGGAAGUUGCGGUGGUGGAGCGACCUAUGUGGGAUGUUGAGCUGCCUGGUCGUUAUGUGAAGGAUUACGAAUGA